AUGAAAUAAUUUAAUUAAAUCCUAUUCUUGAUUGUAAUAGUUGUUCCAACAGUAAUUGCAGUGAAAGGAGUUGAUUUGAGUGCAUCCUUCAAUAACUUUUUUUGCAUUAAAAAUGCUGGCUAUUAAUUUGCUAUUGUAAGAGGAUAUAUGAGUUAUGGUGCUGCUGAUACUGUAGGUCUCCAAAAUUUAAGAAAUGCCAAAGCAUCUGGAUUGAUCGGAGAUGCAUACUUUUUCCCAUGCAAAGGAAGUAUAAAUAAAAAUCCUAUUUUCUUAAGAGAAGACAGCUUCAGCUUAAGUGUCUGAAUUCGACGAUGUAUUUACUUCAGAGUAUGGUACAGUGUGGAUUGAUGUUGAAUACAACCCCAGUACUGGAUGUGGAUGGAGCACCUCAGAUUAUUCAGGAAAUUGUCAAUUUUUAUAAGACAUAGUGAGAGAGUUAGGUAACAGAGGAAGAUUGGUUGGAAUUUAUGCAUCAUAAUAUCAAUGGUCAACAAUUAUGGGAUCAGCUUCAGCCUGUGCUUAUUUCACUUCAAAGCCUCUUUGGUAUGCCCAUUAUGACAAUUCUCCCUCGUUUAGUGACUAUUCUAAAUAUUCUUUCGGUGGAUGGUCCACUCCAUCAAUGAAACAAUAUUAAGGAGACACAACCUUGUGCAAUGUUGGAGUUGAUCUUAAUUUUUAUUGAACAGUUAAUUAUAAAUAAGGAGAGU